AUGAUCACUGCCGUAAGAUGCAUCUUUCAAGAGAAAGCCGUCAAAAGCAUCUCCAUCACGAGGCUGGCAGAGCUCAGCACAGCCUCACUUCCCACCUCCAGAACCGAAGCUGGGGAGCAUCUUGCCCAGAAGGGAUCUUUUCCGGGCCAGAGGCUAGAGGUUCCUAUCGCUUCCAAAGAUUCUGGUCACCUGCCGGCGAGCCCCAGGGAUUUCGCCGAGGCCCUGCUCUUCGGGUAUUUACGGCGCGCGGCCGCGCCGCUCGGGCUCAAGUCAGCGCUUCCAGGUUCAGUUUCAGGGUCUCGCCCGCAGCCCGGGCCGGCAGGCGCACAGCCGGCGGAGCGGGGCCCGGGCAGCGGGGGCCUCUGGGGGCCCCGGCAUUGGGAGGCGGCGUCCGGGAGCCCCCGGAGGAGGAUGGGCUGCGGACACAGCAGGCUGAGCUGCUGCAACCCCCCUAAAAAGAGACGCCGGGAACCAGAUCAGCCACCCAGACCGGAGCCCCAGGAACUAGGUCCCCUCAAUGGGGACACAGCCACGACUGUCCAGCUCUGUGCAUCUGAGGAGGCUGAGCAGCACCAGAAGGAAAUUGCCAGGCUUCUCCAGCAGCACGAAGAGGACAAGAAGAAAUGGGCACAGCAGGUGGAGAAGGAGAGGGAGCUAGAGCUUCAAGAGAAACUGGAUGAGCAGAGGAGAGUCCUGGAAGGCGAGCAUGAGGCAGCCUUGCAAGUCCUCCGGGCCUCACAGGAGCAAGAGAAGGAAGCCCUUACCCACUCCUUCCAGGAGGCCAAGGUGGCCCUGCAGGAGACCAUCGAUGGACUGAGCUCCCAGCUGGAGGCCUUCCAGGCCAAGAUGAAGAGAGUGGAGGAGUCCAUCCUGAGCCGAGACUAUAAGAAGCACAUCCAGGAUUACGGGAGCCCCAGUCAGUUCUGGGAGCAGGAGCUGGAGAGCUUACACUUUGUCAUUGAGAUGAAGAAUGAGCGUAUUCAUGAGCUAGACAAGCGGCUGAUCCUCAUGGAAACAGUGAAAGAAAAGAACCUGAUGCUGGAGGAGAAGAUCACCACCCUCCAGCAGGAGAACGAGGACCUCCACGUCCGAGCCCGCAACCAGGCGGUGGCGUCCAGGCAGCUCUCGGAGGACCUGCUGCUCGCCCACGAGGCCCUGGAGAAGGAGUCGCAGCUGAGGCGGCAGCUGCAGCAGGAGAAGGAGGAGCUGCUGUACCGGGUCCUUGGGGCCGACGCCUCCCCCGCCUUCCCCCUGCCCUCCGUCACGCCCACCGAGGUCUCCUUCCUGGCCACCUAGGCCCAGGGCCUGGGCCACCGUGCCACCCGUGUCACCGCUCCCUCUCCGGACCUUCGGAGGAGACGGCAGGAGCCUCUCAUUCUGUCCCCAGGAGGGACGAGGGCGGGAGAGCGAUGGGAGCGGGGCGUGUGCCCAGGGAGCCGCAGGGCUUGGGCCACGUAGAAUCGCCCUUGGGGCGUCAGAGGCCCCCCGGAAGCCUUCUCUCAAGUUGGCCCAGGGAACAAGCAAGAGGAGCCCUUCUGCCCGUCCCCCCAUCUCUGUUCAAAUAGGGGAGCUUUGAGGCUUUUCCCAGGGGGAGCCUGGGCCGCUUUGAGCAUCGGACUAAGAGGACACAACCUCCUGGUCUUAACCAGUCAGCUUUGCUGCCAGCCAUCAACCUACCCCUAGAGGUCCCCACUUCUGCCCUGGCCUUCUCUCAGCCUCUACAGAGGAUGGGGGAACUGAACAAAUGGCUCCUAUGUCAUGGCAGUGUCCCGUUGUGGGAUUGUCUGAAGGUCAGACUAGGGGCUUCGGGACAGGGGAGGAAGUGGGCCAAACCUUACGAUUCACCUGAGAAAGGUGAGCAUCUGGGAGGGAGUCAGUGGAGGCCCUUGGGGCUGGCAGUGCCAGGGGCCACCCAGCCAAGGCAGGGUCUGAGCUGGGCAUCGGACAUGCCACUGCUCCUGCUCCCAGAGUCUGGUGAAGCUAGAGCCCCUCCUUGACCAGGCAAAGCCUGCUCCUCGGCCCUCCAGGUCCUCCGUCUCAGUGCCACGUGGGCACGGGGCCCGUCUGGUGCAUCUGAAUCACUCCACAGCCAACGCUGGAACCUCCUCUCUGUCCAGAUGAGGAAACCUAGUGGGGAGCGGGACUCACGGAGCCAGGACAGGGGCCUCAGCUGUCAUUCAGGUCUCAUCUUGUGCUUUUUCUUUCUCCCCAGGCUCUGGGAAGAUCAAGUCUGGGACAGUCUUUCUCCUCCUUCUUCUCUCUGGCCCCUAUCCACUCGGUCUCUCUUUUACUCCUGCUCGCACCUUAACUCCUUCUACCACCCCUGACCCCAGGCCCUAGCACUGGGCCCUCCGCCUCCCCGGCAACGGGGUGGCUGGAGCAACCCACCUGGGCAGGCCAGUCCGGCCCUCAGCCCUCAUAUCUGUGGAUUUAAGAUUCUUCUCAGGAAGCUUCCAGUCAGCAGGAGGCUAUAAUAACAAUCUUUCUUGCAGAGAGCAUUUUUAAUGAAAUGCUUUCUGAUACACCUCCCCCUCCAGUCUGCAUAAAACAUUGAAGCAGGUCCUUACCUCUCUUCAACAUCAAAGCAGACUGAGAUCACCGGAGCCCGAGGGCCUUGCCUGAGGCCCCCAGUGUCAGCCCCCAGCAGGGCCCGCUUGUAGGAAAAGUUAGUCCAGUAGAACUAAGGUUUCCCUCCCUCGCCCCAGACUGCCUUCUCCAUUCAUUUCUAGUUCUGGGGGUUCCGCAGGGCUAGGGGAGUCCCGCGGUGGGCAGACGGGUUAUCCAGGAGCCUUGGAGGGAGCUCUCCAUGGACUAUUUCACGUAACUUUCCCUAAAGCCUGUUGGGGAUACACUAGUUCAUUGGACACACACAACCAAGAAAAGAAUUAGUGGCCAAGCAAUUUGAGCAGCUCCAGAUUCAAUCCCAUGAAGCAGAUCUGCCAGCUGCAGGACUUCUCAGAACCUUUAAUAUGCUAACGUACAUUUCAGAGUUCUGGGGAAGAAGCAAAGUCUUCAGCGUUUCCUAGCCUCUGACUGCGCUGCCGGCUGCAGAACGCCCUUUGGAAAGCCUGAUUCUGUGGUCGGGGCGGGGCUGGAAAGGGGGAAGGCUGUGGGGAGGAGGGUUUCCCUGUGGUGCCUGGAGGGGACACACUGUGGUUGUAGCCUCACCCUGGGGCAGACAAGCUGUGGAAGCCAAAUAGAAACACAAUAG